AUGAUGAGAACUCCGAAAUUCACCCCGACCACUACUUUACCUACCAUACCCUCCGAAGAAUGGCGAAACCUCCUAAGGUCCUUACUCCGUGAAUGCUCCUACCUUCCUGACCCCAUCGCAAAGGGACACAUGCGCGACUAUGUGAUGCAAAGAUUCCGCCGAUACUACUUUAACCCGCAAAUACAGAAAGAAACAGAGCACCAGCGCAAACUCCGCAAAACAGCACUACAGCAACUAUCUCUCCUACGACGCGCAAACGAAGGGUACACCAAACCACUGGAGCAUGUGCUCCGGCUAUCAUACGGACGGACGGGGAAACGACGGAACGAAUUGCUGUACAAAUUUAUUGCCCCCGCAACUCCCGUGGACAGUCAGGAGGUGGCCCAGCUGAUCAAUAAGCCUUUUGCGUACUAUGAUGGAUGGGAACCACCGUCACUUGUGAGGGCGUUGCUCAAGGCGCAGCAUGCCCAUGGAAUUAUUAAUGAGUUACGUGUUCGUCCACAGAUCAAGUCUAUUGAGCCGCGAAUACCCGAGGAGAACAGUUGGGGAAGGCCAAUUGCUGCGGUGCGUCGGAGGAAUAUUAGGAGCAAUUGGUACACUGCAGCAUUGAAGAGUCUGCUUCCACCAUUACCAGGGAAAGAGCUGGAUAUACUGGAGGGGUUGAUUUCGGGGGAACAACACUGGGAGCCACCGAAACGGAGAAAGGUGAUAGAGAGCCCCAAAGAGGAGGAGGACAGCUACUUGAGAUUCUUGGUAGAUGGGCCACAAAAAGGGCAUACGUUCCGGCAGUAUGUCGAUGGUCGACCCCAUAAAAUCACACGGCGGUUUAUGCGGAGACUAUGGCGACGAAUCGACUGCCUGGUUCCUCGAAUGUCGUGGAAUGAUGCCAGUCAGAAGUACGAUUUCACAUGGGCUGUUGUAAAGGCGAUGCCAGAGAUGUCUUUGCCUAUGGACGAUGACCCAGAGAUCUUUGGGAACGUGAAUCCACAGGUCAAUUGA